GAAUUUUACCUUGGUUAUGCCCUUACACUAGUGAAAUUUAUAGGUAACCUCAAUACUGCAAGUAAAUGUGCUUAAAUCAAGUGACUGCCACAUCACAUGAGAAGUCUAAACAUAAAAUCUAUUCGUCCUCAAUAUAUUGUUAUUAACCAUAAUACCAAUUAUCCGAUAUGUAUAUAGUACUAAAAAUAACCGCCUUUCCGAUUAAUUAUGAAUCCAUUUUUAAUUACAAAAUAUUGUCGAUAUUUCUACGCGCACCUUAACUGUACUGCAUAUCAAAAAAGUUUUGCAAUAUUCCUUAUAGAGUGUAUGAAGGGUUAUAAUGGCAGUAGCUGUGACCAACCGUGUAACUACCCUACCUAUGGAAAGGAUUGUCUGUCAACGUGUAAUUGUGAGGAAGAGUACUGUAAUCAUAGCACUGGAUGUAAAGUACAGGUUACUGGAGUAACAGGAAAGGAGAAAAUGUUUGGCUGGACCGGGAAUAGAACUCAGGACCCCUCCAUCUCCAGUCAGAUGCUCUACAAACUUAGCUAUCCAGGCCGAUAUCCACUAUCCGAACCAUUAUAUUCCUCCCUCCUUAGGUUGUCUUCGCCCUCGAAGACUAUUCUUAUUACAAGCAACAAGGUUCUUCUUACCUCCUAGCAGAACUUUCACCUGCAAUCUAGAGGUGGUCGACGGAAGCAAAUCUUCAAUAGGAGGGGAGAAAAUGUAUGUCUGGACCGGAAAUCAAGCCCGGGACCCCUGCAUCUCCAGUCAGGUAGUCUAGGAACUUAGCUAUCCAGGCCACUAAAUAUAUCUACGGCCCAAACCAUUACACUGGUAUGCAACGACUGAGUUUUUACUCAUUGAUUUACUAAUAAUCACAUCUCUGAAAUUUUUAAUAACCAUCUAAGUUUGUUAUUUAUACUAAGUAAUGGUCAGGGCCAUGGUAAAGGUAGAUUAACACAUUAUUUUUUCGUAGGUAUAACAUAAGACAGAUUUUCUUAAAUUGUCAAAUAUGAUUAAUUAUUACAUGUACGCUAAUUACGCAUCUUGAAUGAAUUAUUGUAUACUAUAUAAGUUGGAUUAAAGGGGGGACUCGCCUCAUCGUAGUGGUACUGAGUGGUGAUUAUUUAGCAAAAUUGAAUAAAAUCAAGCUUGUUACAGCAUAUAUAAUUAUAUAGUUUGCAGACUUCUAGAUGAACAGGAAAUUAUAAUAUUGUGUAGGGAUCUCUUAAUCAAUUGCAGUUUCAUGAUUCCAUAAUUAGCUUUUGAUAUUGAGAGAACAGAUAUGGCAAUAUGUGUAAAGUAUUACCUAAAAGCUGUUAUGUAUUUGUGCUAUUUAUUUACUUGGCUGGAGAAGUUAAUUUGAAAAACUUAUCUAAAAGUAUGAACUGUAGCUUAGGACAUGUAGGUGGACAUUGCGAAUUACCCUGUCGCUAUCCAUCCUACGACUGCCAACCCGGUUCCAAAGGAAAAGGCUGUGAACAUAACUGCACAUAUCCAAAUUAUGGUGUAUAUUGCCGGUCAACAUGUGACUGCUUGGAAGAAGAGUGUGAUUAUAUCACUGGUUGUGAAGCAGGUAAGACAAAUGAAUGUACCUUGACAAAAGACAGAAAAAGUUCGGAAACCAUGCUUUCUGGAACUAUCGUACUUGGUUUUAUUGCAGUUAUUCAGUUUAUUUUAUAUGUAUAUUUGUCAAUAUUCUACAGACCUCAACCGCUGUACAUAACACAUUUUUGAUAUUUCAUUUAUUGUAGGUUAAUCUGUACUUUAAUUUGAUUUCUGAGCAUAAAUUGUUCUUCGAACUAUAUUAUAUCAGAUAGAAUGAUGUGCAUCAAGGGUAGGACAUUUAUUUACAUGUAUUUUCACUGUAUUUACGAUUUUUUUAACAAGAAUUUUAAAUGAGAUGGCAUUCAAAACAUAUACUUUGAAAGAGGACAUUUAUGAAUAAGCAAAUAGAACAAAUCAAUA